AUGAAUGAGAAAGAAACAAACUACGUAGAAGAUCUACUUACACAAUUGGAAAAUGAGCUUAAUGAAGAUGUCUUAUCUGAACAUAUUAACGCACUACUAAGAAAAUGUUCAUUGAAUCUGGUGACAAUUGCCUCCCUUCCAGACAUGAAUGUUAAACCACUACUGGCAACGAUCAAGCGUUUACUAACGUCUAACAAUACGUAUGAUUCAUUGAAUUACGAUUAUCUCUUGGACAUAGUGGAUAAACUGGUUCCAAUGACUGAUUUUGAUGACGUGCUAGAAGUAUAUAGUGUUGAAGAUUUAAUGAAAGCGCUACAAUCGGGAAUAGCUCCAUUAAGAGUUGCAGCUUGCAAAGUUAUUGAGAAUUCGCAGCCAAAAGGUCUAUUUGCCACCAGUAAUAUCAUUGAUCUUCUUUUGGAUAUUCUAUUUGAUGAGAAAGUAGAUAAUGAUAAGGUAACUGCGUCCAUCGAAAGAACGUUGGAAAGAUUGAGUACCGAUGAAUUGAUUAGACGCCGAUUAUUUGAUAAUAAUUUGCGUUAUUUGAUAAAUGUAAAGAGCAGAAUGCAAACGGUUUCUUUUGUUAGAUUGAUUGAUUUUCUGGCCAUCGAGUUGCCAUUAAUUAGCGGACCUGAGUUCAAAGAGGCUUUAUUUUGCUUUACUAAGCAUGAAGUGCUAAAAUCCGUGGAUGAUAUUCUUGCAUUCAUCGAAUUGGUCAACUAUUAUGCGAAAUUUUUGCUAGCUAUACGAAACCAAGGUAAAUACUGGGCUUUAAAGUAUAUUGAAAAAACAUUACGAGUAUUUGCUCAACUUUUUGAAGAUACAGAGAACUAUCCAGAUGUCAGAGAUUUCUCUACAAAUCGUCUUUUACAAUUAUUUGCAGAAGUUUCUCGAAUUGAAGAAGAUGAAUAUUCUCUUUUUAGGAGUAUUGAUAAAGACUUUUUGAAGAUCGGGUCUGAAACAAAGUUGGUAAACGAGUGGUUGGAAUUAAUCAAUCCGCAUUAUUUGAUAAAAUAUCAUAAAGAUCUAGUGAACAACUCUUUUCAUGUCAGUGGUUAUAGCAUUGAGAUUUCAAGAAAUCUUGUAGCAGAUCAAGAAUGCUUCAUUGCUAUAAAAAAUAAGUUUAAUUCUGAAGUUAUUUUGAAAUUGCCAUACCUAGAACAAAUGCAGGUAGUGGAAACUCUGACGAGAUUCACUUAUUCGUCGGAGUUUUUGCUCAAUGAACUGCCAAAGGUAAUGGGCAGUCUCGUAGGCGGAAGUGCAGGUGCUAUCGUAGAUCUUGAGACUAUUCAUUAUAGAAAUUGUGCCUUGAAGAAUUUACUGGACAAAGGUGAGAAAAACCUAAGCAUAUGGUAUGAACCUUUAGUUCGAGAAUACUCUAGGGCAAUAAACGGGAAGAAUUACUCUAAAGAUAGUGAACCUAAGAUUGCAGAUGAUUAUAUUGCAUAG